AUGUCUCUCGCUUUCCUCGUCGCUUUCCUUUCCGUAACGAUAUCCGCGUCGACGCCGACGAUACAAAAUUUAGUAAACACCGAGGUGGUAGAAUAUCUGCAGAAAUAUGGUUACCUGAACGAGGUGGACGUAACCACUUACACGUCGAUCGAAGAUGAAAAAAUUAAAGAGGCUAUCGCAUUAUUCCAAGAAUACUAUCAAAUACCAGUGAAAUGGAAAAAAACGCAUCUUACGUGGAACUUCCACUUGGCAGAUGCAGAUACAUUGAAAACUACGGCAUAUGCAUUCUCCGUAUGGGCAGCGAACACAUCUCUAACAUUCGAACGUCAAACGUUAAAUCCAUACAUUUUAAUAACGUACCGCGAAGGAUUUCAUACAUACGUCGAUAGUAGACGCAAAGAAAUAUGUUCCGGUUUGUUCGACGGACCUGGUGGAGUGCUCGCACACGCGUUUGCACCUACGAUUCCUACGAACGAUCCCGUGCAAACCACAGAGAUACACAUAGACGGAUCGCAAUUGGCAUAUAUAUUUAAACGAAAAUAUUCCAUAAUGUUUCCUUACGCCACCAAUAAUACCGUUAAACUCAGUCUAGAGGACAAUUUAGCUGUUCAACGUCUAUACGGAAAAAAAAACCGUAAUGUAGUGCCGAGUAUACGAUCACCAUCGGUAACAACUGACACAACGAAAACAACAUCAAACAAAAGAGAUCUGUGCGAUCUACCGUACGUAGACAAUGUACUGGUGUUGAAUCAUCGAAUAUUCGUUACCUAUCGAAAAACCAUGUGGAUGAUAGACGUCAACGGUAAGAGGUACAAAGGACCACUCGCGCUCAACGAUUACCUUCGUUUUCUUCCGGCGAAUGUUUCCAUAAACGCUGCGUAUCAACGACCAUCUGGAGAAAUUGUAAUAUUCGCGGAUAAUCAAAUUUACAUGAUAGACUAUCCGAGUUUACGAUUGAAGGACGGUUGGCCGAAACGGCCUUUCGACUUAAAGUUACCCACGAACAUGCACGUUAACGCAGCAUUGGUCAUCAAUAGAGGACAAACGUACGUGAUCUACAAUGACGAUAGCGUAGCGUUACUGAAUGAAUGCCAUAUGACCGUUAACGGAUAUCACACGUUACAGUCGAUAUUUCCAGGAAUACCACCAUCUCCUAAUCUAGCCUUCCGAUAUAUCGACUGGUCUCUUUAUUUCCUACACAAACGUCAAUAUUACAAAUUUAACGAAUUCACCAGAACGGUAACGAAUGCUGAUAAAUUCGACAUGAAAAUACUCAACGUUAAUUGUCCCACAGACGGACUACUCAAGCAAUUGCAGGAUCUUCUUACUCGACUGCUCCAAUCAAGUAAUUCACUCACAAGCAUCGCGUUGGAUACAGAGGACGAUUAA